AUGGCCACUUUGUUGUCAAUAAUUGGCUUUGCAUUUCUCAUUAUGGAAACCCUCACUGGAAUGGUAGCAAAUGGAUUUAUUGUCCUCAUCAACUGCAUCGACUGGUUCCGAAGGAGGAAACAGUCCCCGACUGACCUGAUCCUGACCUGUCUUGGCUUCUCCAGACUCCUGUGGCAAGCAACACUAAUGCUGCAUAUGACCAGGGUUUCCUUUUUUCAGCACAUCUAUAUACUGCAACGUGGACACUUACGAUUAAUGAUUGCCAUCAUGUGGCUCUUUACAAACGCCAUCAACCUUUGGUUUGCCGCCUGGCUCAGCGUUUUGUACUUUGUAAAGAUUGCCACCUUCUCCCACUCCGUGUUCCUACGAGCGAAGCUGCGAUUCUCUGGAUUGGUCCCAUGGCUGCUUCUCAGCUCAGUGGUCUUCUCUGCUUUUAUGACUAUUAUAGAUACUGCAGAAACAAGUAGUCAGUUUACCGUUGUUGAUCGCUACAAAUUACUUUUAACUAAUAGCUGUGAUUCAGAAACUGAAACGCCUCUCUCCUCUAGUCACUUUGGCAUUACGGUUAUUGCUACAAAUUUCAUGCCUUCUGUGAUAUUCCUGUCAUCCAUGAUCUUGUUAAUAAUCUCUCUGUGGAAGCACAUAAGACAUUUGCAACGCAGUGGAAUCAGAGUCAGGGAUCUCAGCACGCAAGUUCAUUUGAGCGCCAUCAAAGCUCUGGCUUCCUUUGCUAUUUUGUACCUGUCCAGUUUUGUGGCACUCACUUUACAAUCAACGCUGGCUUGGAAAAGCAAUGAUCCCUCUCGGAGAUUAUCUGUGUUAUUUCACAAUGUGAGCGCUCUGUAUCCCUCUGUGCAUGCCAUUAUCCUGAUAUUAAUUAACCCCAAACUGAAACAGGCAUGGGUCAAGAUGAUACAACGCUUAAAAUGUCCAUUGAGGGAAAGACCUUCUUAA